UGCAAUCAGGCACAGCGACCGAAGUGAGAAGGUCAGGUCGCCUUGGGUCGUCGACAUCGCGGACUGUGCAUACUGUGCAUACUGUGCCGUGUUCAAAGUGCAUAUAACUAUUUUUGAGAAACCAAACAUGUCGGCAGUCAUAGUUAGCACCAUUGAUAAGUACCGCGAGAAACUAAACUUAGUAAGCCAAACAAUCUGGAAAAACCCAGAGUUAUAUUACCGUGAAGUGAAAGCCCACGAUUAUCUCUCGCAAGCACUUGAAGACGAAGGCUUCCAGGUCCAGCGAAAAUAUCACUUGGACACUGCCUUUAGAGCUGAAUAUUCAGUUGGGUCAGGUGGUCCCGUGAUUUGCAUCAUAUGCGAAUACGAUGCGCUGCCUGUAGUUGGACAUGCCUGCGGGCACAACUUAAUAGCUGAAGCAGGGUUUGCCGCUGGAGUGGCCGUGAAGGAAGCGUUGCGGUCCGAUCCGAAGCUGAAGGGCAAGAUUGUUGUCCUUGGAACACCAGCAGAGGAAAGUGGUGGUGGCAAAAUUGACCUGAUUAAUGCAGGUGCAUUUGCUGACAUAGAUGUGGCCAUGAUGGUUCAUCCCAGCAGAAGCAAUGAACUGGUUCCACUAUUUAUUGGUGUUGGCCAUAUCAGUGUAACAUACCAUGGAAAAGCUGCGCACUCAUCAGGUGCCCCUUGGGAUGGGAUUAAUGCUGUGGAUGCAGCAGUCAUGUGUUACAAUGGCCUGUCGUAUCUUAGACAGCACAUCAAGCCAAACUGUCGUGUAGGAGCUAUAUUUACUGAUGGAGGUGCAGCAGUUAACAUUAUCCCAGAACGUUCUGCCAUGGACAUCUUAUACCGUGCUCCCACGGUGAGCAUGAUGGCUGAAUUGCGCAAGAAGGUCAUGUCCUGUAUCUCUGCUGGUGCUGAAGCCACAGGUUGUACCAUGGAAGUGACACGGUCCUUUAGCUUCAAGCCGGUUGUUACCAACUCUGUGCUUGCACGACUUUACAAGAAGCAUGCCGAAACACUUGGUGUUAAAUUUGAUGACGGCAACACUGAGGCCAACCUUUUUGUGGCUUCAUCUGACAUGGGCGAUGUAUGCCACACAGUGCCCAGCAUUCACCCUAUUUACCGCAUUGACUCAGCAGGACCAAACCACACAAAGGAAUUCACAGAUGCUGCAGGCCAUCCAUCUGCUCAGCCACCAACACUAGUUGCUGCUAAAGCCAUGGCUUUAGCAUGUCUUGACAUUUUGCUCAGCCCGGAUGUGCUCAUACCUGAAGCUAAGGCAGCAUUUGCUGCUGAUAUGGAUCGAUCAAAUCGCGGCUGAUUUGAUCCAUCCCUGAAGUCCCUAUACCAUAAGAAUGGUCGAUACUGCCUGCGAUCAAAAAUGCACUUCUAAAUGUAAAAUGUUGAUUGGCAAAGGUGCUCACUGGUAUGAGCAAUGAUUGUUGAAGGCUGAUUAUGUACCGUAGUGGUUAAAUAAAGUUAUGGGUUGUUUGUUA